AUGGUCAACACGACAUCGUCGAAUGGUGACCACUUCAAAUCUGGACUGUCAACCCAAAAUAUUUUUGCAGAGCGAUCAACAUGUUUGCCUACUACAACUCCCAUCUUCAACCACAGGAAACGACAAAGACAGGCCUUGUUUGCUGAUCCCAUCAGUAACCAUGGCAACACCCCAUCCAUGCCUGCAUCUGCCGAAGCAAGCUAUCCAGCCUUGCAUUUUUUGACCAUCUACAUUUGCUCGUGUGCAGAAAGUCUCAGGAGUAACGGUAACCAUGUGUGUCACCAUACAGUGACAUACAAGGUUUCAAUUAAAGAGAGCUACAAGGUGCACUGUAAGUUUUUUGGUUGGGGCCGAUGCACGAAAUAUCGGACAAAGUAUGAAUCACGGUCACGUCUGAGCUAUUCGUGCUGCUCAGGAUGGAAGUCAUCCAACAAUGUAGACUGCAGCUUAGCCAUCUGUUACGGCAGGGACAACAAUAAUGGAGCUUGCAGCAGGAAAGGAAGCUGUGUGUCACCAAACAGGUGUACCUGUCACACUGGAUACACGGGAUCACAGUGCGAAAAAUGUCUUGAUGCUCGAGGAGAUCCUGAUCACUCGAUCUGGUGGCGUACCAGGACCCACCCCGACUGUGCUUUGACGUGUUCGUGGAAGAACCAAUGGUGUUGGCCUGGGGAUUGCCCCGACUCCAGAUUGAGGACGUCCUGCAAAUGUCGGAAGGGCUUCGUUAAGCGAGAUGCAGGCGCCAGAUACACAAAGUGUGAUCUUGCUCAGAAGCCCCAGCUUCUAACGUGUCGCAUUGGUAUGACCGAUGCAAACAAGAGGGUGAGGAACUCAACACACGGCUCCAACACUGGAUGUCUUCAAGAAUCCGAUACAUACGUCAACCUGAUACCCAAUUCUGUAUACUUUCUGUUUGGUGCCAAGUUAGACAAUCUUGACGUCAGAAAUCCCCCAAACUACAUCUACCAGCAAGGAUACGGAAUAGUUGCUGCUAAGACAACAUUGACGAAGAUUUCUGUAACUGGUCACCCAUCUAGCCUGUCCACAGUUUCUUUGCACGGCGGUAGUGGCUGCUCAAAAGCACUUGGAAACACUUCACCGUCUCCUUCUUUGACUUGUCAACGAACAGUAUCUGUACAGCCAGGAAUCCAUGAUGGGGACAGGUUGUGUGUACACUUUUGGGCUGCUGGAGGAGGCUACUUCAGGUAUCAGAACUUUGACAAACAUCACCUUGGAAUCCAAAUUUACUCCUCACUAGCAUCCUUUAAAGAUGUCUGUUUCCGGUAUGACAGCGGUAAACCAGUACACUGCUCCCAGACAGGAACAACACAUUGUUCAUCCAAGGCAUUGCAGUUAUCAGCACGCAUAACGCGUACAGGUGUGAUUAAUGUCAAAACCUCUGGCUGGACAGAUCCAGUGCCACACGGUGGAAAGUCCGAUUCAGCAUCUGGCCUGCAAUACAUGAAACUACGGAUUCUCAACACUGUAAAUAAAGGCCAUGUGAUUGAUGUCUUACAAACGCCACUGAAAGGUCUGGAUCUAACGUAUAAAACGUUUACGUUGGACAAAUCUUUUCACCUCCCUAACACAUAUGGCCUGUAUGCUGUCGUCCUGGAGGUUCAUGAUAAGGCUGGAAACAUCCAAUACGUCCGACGAUUAGUACUGUACGACGGCUCUUCUAAAUUAAUGAAAGCUUCUUCUAAACCACUUCGGGUUGUGUCAGCAACACAGAAAUCGGGCUACAAAUGGCAGACAAACCUUGGACACAUUUGCAUUGACUGGAAAGGCCGUUACUACAACGACAAAAUGAGGGCAAACAAGCUGUUGGACAAAGUCGCUCCCCAGACAGGACUGACCCCUGCUUACGACCAAACAUCUGGGACGCUACCUGUAUCUGGGACCCCAAAUGUCGAAGGCAUCAUUGAAUUUAUGUAUUCUUACACCAUUGACCAGCACGCCAGGACAACCUGGGCAAUGGUCCCUCACUUCACCAACCAGUCUCUAUGCAUUUCCCCUCAUUUGCAAGAUGGUCAAACGUAUGAUAUCGCAAUAAGACCCAAGGACAUAGUAAACCACUCUUUGCAGGAAAUGGUACAUGUCCACAUUGAUUCUACUGGUCCUGAUGUAUCAAAUAUGUGGCUAUUGAAGGAUGGAAACAAGCAGGUUUAUGCCCAUGACAACCCCGAUCUUUCUACGAUGGCGCUGCAGUUUGAUGCUAUGGAUCCUCACAGUGGUGUCAUUUCUGUGGAGUGGUACCUUGGCACCAAAGAUUCAUCACAAGACCUUGGCCAUGGCGUGCUACCUGUAGAAAAACUGAAUGGAACGGAAUGUGCCUCCCUUUCAAGUUGCUACUGCCCGUCUGUCGGAGAAUGUCAGUUUCAUAACUACAUCGUCAAUCUAAAUAAGCUUGUGGCCAACAAAGUCAAUGGUGUUCAACACAAUCAAGCCGUCUACUUCACAGUCGCGGCAACAAACGGAGCAGGCCUGAAGAACAUCGACCACCUUGACAUCCUUGUGGACACCUCUCCUCCCGAAGCAGGGACCGUUAAAGAAGGAGCAGUGGACGGUCCUGAUGUAGACUACACAAGUGAGGAUACUGCCCUGGUCAACUGGGCAGGGUUUACUGACCGUGAGAGUGGCAUCAGCCACUACCUGGUCAGCCUUGCCUCAAAGUGUCUGACACUAGAUGAAAUGAAGAACAACACAGACACUGUCACUGUUGCAGAAGGCAUCAAUGGCGCAAAAUUAACAAUUCGGAAAGAGAUGACAAAAUAUUAUACAACAGUAAUAGCGUUCAAUAAGGCAUUCAGUCCUUCAAAACCUGCUUGUUCCGACGGGAUCACCAAGGACAUAUCCUCUCCAACCCUCUACAAUGUGUCCCUGAGUAAGGCGCAAACAUCACAGGAACAUAUCGCAUGUGUGGAUGGCGAUAUCUGGCUUGUCACAAGACACCUGACACUUAGACCAGUUGCAAAGACUCAUAAAUGUUUACAGAGGUGCCAAUCCAAGUUAAUGCCAACUCUUGCUAACAUAUUUCCGAAGAGCAAUGAUGUUUUGAAUGAUACAGAAUUGGCCGAUAGUCUUUGCGGAUCCCUUGAUUUUAUUACUAAUUCUCUUAUCUUUCUUCCAUCUGACAAGAUCGACUUGCACUGGAACUGUUCAGCGGACGAUAGUCAACUAAAGGAUUUUUCAGUAGGAUAUGGAACUGAUAAGUCAACCUUUCAUGACCCAGACAUCUUGAACUAUGCAUCAAGUAAAGGGCGCCACUCCUUUAAACUGAACCAUGCAGGGUUUGCUGGGAAGAACAUUUUCUACAUAUUUAUGAAGGUAGUGAAUAAGGCUGGAUUGAACUCACUUGUAACAUUUGGACCGGUCAUGAUUGACAAUACACCCCCUGUUAUCACUGGGAAAAUAACACCAAAAUCUGAGGGCGAUUUUGUUAUGAUCCCAUGGCAGAAGAAUACGUUUACAGAUCCAGAACAGCAGGAUUCCCAAUUUACUGUUCUUCACAGAAUUAUUCAUAAUGGACAGCAUGUGACACCUAUACUCCAGACACCAAAACACAUCAUAAAAGCUUGUCAAGCCAAUGGCCAUGCUGGAUGUAUCAGAUAUCCUCUCGAAAGGCUAAAAGAGAUGGACUCGGAGCUUAACAAACCAUUUAUCUUUGAACUGUAUGUGUACAAUACCGCUGGCCAUUUCACUGUAGUGAAAACAGAGGGAAUUACAGUACCAUCUAGAUUCCCGCCAGGACAUGGCAUAGUCUAUGACAUUGACCCGAUGGAUGUUGAUGGGAAGGAUGAUGUUGACUUUCAUUCGACACAAAAGCAGACCUGUGUCAAGUGGAACGGCUUCCACCAUCACAAAGAUGUACAGUUUGAAGUGGCCCUAGGAUCUGCUGCCAACAAAAGUGACAUCAGUCCAUUCAGACGUGUAAACAACGCAAGUGCAUGUGUUACUGCAACAGGUCUCAAGCCACGUGUGAAGUAUUAUGCCACAGUAAGGGCAGUUUGUUCUGGGGGAACAUCAUAUGCUUCAUCUGAUGGUUUCAUUAUUAUCGAUAAACCAACUGAUAACAGAUACAUACUUGAAGUCUUUGAUGGUACAACGUGUGACGAUGCCAGUGUUGGUUUAGUCCAAGAAACAAAAGGAUCUUACAAGCCAGCUGCAUCUCUCCAUAUUGGUCAGAGUUAUUUAUUUGAGUUUCAACAUUCUUUAAAUGGACAAAUAACAUCGAAAGAUGUUCUCUUCAUGUCAAGCAUAAACAUUGAUGGAAGGAAGCAGGCCAACUAUCAGUUUGUACCUUUGACACAUUACCCUCACUUCAACGUAACCAAUUCUGCAGAUGACAUCAGCAACUCAACUAUUCGCAUGUGCGCCCUGGACAUUAAUUACACGUUGUCCAAGAACAAAGUGUCAUCUCACUGGCACUAUGAUGGCCCAUGGAAGAAAUUUACAACGCAUUUCGAGGCUACUCUGAAAGAAGGAAUGCACUGUGCAAAGAACACACAGUGUUAUAAAACCCUGUCAACUGCUUUAGUAAACAGUGGCACUGACUAUGCAGACUUCACGAAUAUGGCCCUAGAACAUGGUCAGGUGUAUCACGUGUUUGUAAGGCCCUGUUUUGACACAGUGUGUUUACCAUGGAAAUCUUCAGAUGGAGUUAAAGUUAUCUCAGAACUGCCAAAAGUAUCAAUAACGCCAUCGUUCACCAAUAGAACUAUGUUCUCUUGUCACGACGUAGCCAUUCAUGUUGAUAGUGUUGACUGUGAAGAGGACCCGGGAGAUUCAGGGAGGGUCAUCUACCAGUGGGCUGCUUCAGAUAAACAUCACCAUCCGUUUACAUCCUGGAGAACCGACCAGUCACUCGCCAAUGGACAGUCUGAUGUCUGUCUGGAUGACCAUGUUCAUUCUCACAGUACCAUCAACAUAUGUGUCCGAGUCACAUGUCCAUCCGGGCUGUCUGAUACGUCCUGCCAAACUCUGAAUCACGCAAGAAAACAGGGGAACAGACUCGUUGAAGUUGACCAGAAGGAUAUCCAGGAGAUAGAAGAAAUGAUAGACAGGCAGGAAACUGGGAAUCUUCCUUCAUUUGAAACUGAUGUCGCUGAAUCUGACGUUAAACUGGCUGGUGUGAUGGGUGGGUUAAAGGGCAUAAACACUUGGUACCUGAUGAAAGAACCCCUCAUUCCAAGCACCUGUACAGCUGAUGAGAAAUGCAUCACAAGUGUAAAUACUGAAGGACCUAUUGCUGUUUUCAACGAUGUGGAGUUAAUGGACAGUAUGAAAUAUUACAUAUGUGUGCAAAGCCCGCCUGUCACACAACACGGCUCAGGAAUAUCAGCAUGUGGCAAUGGUGUUACCAUUGAUGACCUUCCUCCUAAACAAGGUGAAGUUCGGAUACUGAACCUACGAAAUGGUUAUCUUACAGAAAUGGAUGUUUUGGUGACAGAUUGGUCAGGCUUUAGUGACCAAGCACAGGAUCUCGUCGGGACUGAUUCGGGCAUCGCCUAUUAUUCCUAUGCCAUAGGUACCUAUCCAGAAAGUCAAGAUGUUCAAUCGUUCACCAAUGUUGGGCUUGCACACAACGUCCAUGUACCAAAUGUCACAUUGACAACUGGUCAAACCUUCUACGUUACAGUGAAAGCUUUUGAUCGACUUGGACACUCAACAUCGGCUACUUCAGACGCUGUUAUGGUUGACGUUACACCACCUAAAACUGGAGACAUCUUCACUGGUAACAGACUAGGCAGUCAUAGCAUGGUGUCAUCUGACAGGCUGACCGUUCAUUGGACGGGAUUCGAAGAUCCCGAGUCUGGCAUCCUUUCAACAUCCCUGGCCAUAGGGUCGACCAUCACUGGAACACUGUCGCCCUUCACGGAAUAUACGGGGACCUUUGCAGACAUCAACAUCAAUGGAUUUAUAGAUGGCCAUGAGUAUUUUGCUAGAAUAAUGUGUACAAACAGAGCUGGCCUGACUUCCAUGGCGGUUUCCAAUCCCUUCACUGUGGACACAUCGCCUCCUACACAAGGUGUUGUUACAGAUGUUGGAAAGCAGGAUGAACUAGACUACCAGAUUAACACAGACAGGUACUCGUGUCACUGGUCCGGAUUCGAUGAUCCCCAUUCUGGACUCGCAUCCUUCUAUGUGAGUCUCGGGACCCAGCCUCAUCUGGAUGAUGUUAAGACCAUAACUCAUGCUGGUCUGGGAUCAGAAAUAUCAUGGACUGGAAACUUGCCCGUCGGGGUUAAGCUCUACUGCAAUGUUGAGGCUUGCAACCAUGCAGGUCUCUGUUCUAAGUCUGCAUCAGAUGGGAUCAUCCUGGACAACUCGCCUCCAAUUCCUGGCGUGGUCUUUGUGGGACAUGAUGGACAACACCAUAAAUACCACGGACAUGCCUCCUCUCUUACUGCUCGAUGGUUUGGAUUUGAAGACCCAGAGACGGGGAUCAACCACUUCGACUGGUGUGUAGGAACAACGGCUGGGAAAUGUGAUGUCCUUCCAAGUACCAGCAAUCUUCUUUCUGACUCAGUUCUUAAAACUGGUCUCAAGUUGCCAUCUGGUCAUCCCCUUUAUGUUACUGUCAAUGCUACAAACCCAGCAGGUCUAGUGGCCACAUCCACUUCAGACAGCUUCAUCGUGGAUGCAUCCCCUCCAGUAGCAACUGUGAAACCAUCGUUCACAUCACCCUACUCUAGAAACAUGUCUGCUGUGAAUGUACAGUGGGAGAACUCCAUGCUUCAUCUUCACUGGAAGUUCACAGAUGCUGAUAGUCCCGUUGAAAGACACCUGGUGUCACUGUCUACUCAUCACGAUGGGUCAUCUGCUGUUGGAAGCAUUCACCUGGGCGCUCAGCAUUCCACCAUCAUCCUCUUUGAAGCAGGGAAUCUGAUGAGAAGUGGCGAUGUCUACACUGCCACUGUCACUGCCUGUAAUGCUGCAGGUCUCUGCUCCACAGCCACGAGUAAUCCGAUCCUUAUAGAUUCUACGCCCCCACAGUUGGGAGGAUUCAAAUUCCCUAUAGCAUGGCAAAAUGUCGUUGACAAAGGUGCAACCAAGACACGAAUAAACCUGAAAUGGGUAGGCUUUGUGGACACUGAGUCUGGGAUCCAGACCUAUCAUAUCUCUGCCAGUCGAAAAUAUGAUGGCGAUGAGUUGUCGAAAGGGAUCGUGGAAAUGAAGCAUGACAGUAAUUCCACUGAACAAACAGUUUCCUUAACGCUGAGUGAUCAUGUCCAAACUGGAGAAAACAUCAUCCUAACAAUCUCAGCAACAAAUACCGCUGGCCUAUCAAGUGGAAUUGGAAAGGUGACCGUAUCCGUUGUUUCAAGUGAUACCAAACACACAAAGGGAACGUUGGAACUCCAACGUCACGGAUGCGCAGUUCAUUACUGCACUGGCGACUGCACAUGUGGCGUCCAAGGACAGCACUGUUCACUUACUUCCUCUCAGCAGAAAUGUCCUGAUACCGCCCCAAUAGGGAAGAGUACUGAUAUAGUUGUACAUCCUGGACUAGAGUCUGAUGCCACAGUUACCAGUUCAUCAUCAUGUCUAACUGCUCACUGGGAGGCCACGUCGCCGCAGGUUUUAAAAAACAUCACUCGAUUUCAGUGGAGCAUUGGGGAAAAAGGCGACACAACUGUGAUAGAUGCAUUAAAAACUGUAUGGCGGGACACAGGGAAGGGUACAAGGAUGAUUUACUGCCUUCCUCACGGAGAAUCCUUGCAUCAUGGUACAGAAUAUAUUGUCUACGUCAAAGCCUGGUAUGACUUCAGCAAGUUUGCAGUGUUCCAGUCUGAUAGUAUCCUUGUAGACCACACACCACCUACAAUUCAGAGGGCUAAGUCGCCACUUGAUUCCGAUGGUUCUUGUAAAAUGGACAUGGAAUUUUUCGAUACUAGACAAACAAUAGCAGCAUGCUGGGACGGAGUAUUCAAUGACACGCAAACGUCAUUGAAAGGCUUUGAAAUGUGGCUUGGGACGUCACCAGAAGGAGAUGACAUUAUCAAACCAACGUCCAUGGGUAAGAAGACGUCCUAUACGAUUAAUUCACUCAUGGAAAGUGGUACGAAAUACUACGUCAGCAUCAGGGCAACCAACAUGGCUGGUCUGCAGACAACAGCAGUGUCAGAUGGCUUUGUAGUCGAUGACGAACCGCCUGUAAUUGGUGUAGUCUUCAACACUGAUCGCCACAAGAAUAUUGAGUUUCAGUCAUCCAAGACAACACUGAAGGCUUCUUGGCAUGGAUUUGAAGACUAUCACUCCUAUGUUCAGAGGUUUGAAAUUGCGGUUGUAAAGGAGGGAGAACAAGUCCUGGACUCCAUGUUUAAAUAUCAUGGAAUGGAAAAUGAAAUCAACAUAGACAAUUUGAAAUUGGAGGAAAAGAAGAGGUAUCGCAUUGCAGUCAGAGCAGUUGACGCCACGGGGCUUCGCAGCAGCACAGCUGAGUCUCCAAGUGUACUGAUUGACACAUCAGCCCCUAAGGCGUUUAAGUGCACAUCGUUUUUUGACAAGAAGGUGGCGUUCACUGCGCAUAAGUACCAAUCACGUCAAAACGACGCUGUCGAACUUCGCGUGUCUGAAACUCUGCAGGAGAAUACAUUCUACCAAAUGACAGUGACAGGCGACUUGGACAUUCAUACGUCACGUGUGAUAUUCACUGUUGGGAAACUUCAAAUCCCAGCCAUGUUUGAGAAACAAAUUUCGGGAGUACAGGCUUCACAUAGCUUCCUGGUAUCGCAUUCUGGCCUGAGUAACAUAGCCAUAUCAAUCACGGGGACGAAUGCAUCGCAUACCUUCAAUGUGACCCUUGGAAAAUGUCAAAGCCUUGCCGACACCGAUCCAACAAAUGGCAUCACAGUUUGGCAAAUCCGGCCCUCUGUUGUUGCCGUUUGUGCCAGGGUAAUAGAUCAGGAAAGCGGCACGAGAAGUGUGUGGCUUGGAGCGGGAACCAGCAAGGGAGGGUACCAGAUCCGUGCCUUGUCCCCAACGUCUGUCAGCAACCAUGAGAUGAUUCUGGUGGAAGAGCCACAUGGUAGCCCUGUCCAUGUCACAGUGAUGGCGGAGAACAAUGCUGGCCUCAGAACCAUCUUCACAUCCAAGCCAAUCACUAUCGAUCACACCCCGCCAGUUAUGAGCCACUCAGAGGCAACUGCCCCAUAUCAAAAGGAAAACAUUGCCUCUCUUAUGAUGCGUUGGCGGGUUGAAGAUGCAGAAAGUGGAAUAAACACAUGUUUAUGUACAUAUGGAACACAUCCUCUGUCCUACGAUGGUCACAAGUGGGAGAAGUCACAGGACUUGACACACUGCGAACUAAAGAACAUCCCCGUUCCUCACAACACUGUUCUCUACGUAUGGACCCGCUGCAUCAACAAUGUCAACAUGGAUACAGUCAUCAGAUCAGAACAUCUGCGUCUUGCAUACCACCCUCCUGCACUCCCACUAGGCUCCUUGAAGGUCCUUGUGGACAAUAAGAUAUCUUCAGGAUCGUCACCUUCGAACGUCCAGGCAUACACUGACCGCGUAGAGUUUUCAUGGCAGGAUGCGAACACUCCGUGGGUUGGGAGCUAUGAAUGUCGUCUUCUCGAACAUGGUAGUCCAGUGGCAAACUGGGUAUCUACCGGAAUGAAGACCUAUGCGACACUUGACGGGUUGAGGCUACACGAUGGACAGAUGUAUGACAUCCAGGUCCGCGCUGUGAAUGACCAUGGCCAGUACAGUAAUGUCCUCAACAGUAGCGUAACAGUCGACAGUCGGUCGCCUAAGACCACAGGUGUCGAGCCCACCGCGACAGUGGUGAGGGGAGUCAUCGAGUUAGACUGGGCCAGAGUAUUUGACGAUUUCAACAGGACAGCUAAAUAUGAGACAACCAUCGGGACCACGCAAGGACGUGGAGACAUCGUUACAAAUUCGGUUUCCUCUGGAACACGUCUGACAGCUGUUGUCCAUGGAAAUCCACAUGCAAUCUUUGUGACAAUCAAAGCAAGUUUCGCAACUGAGAAAUUUAGCAUAUAUUCCCACCUUGUCCGUCUCCAUUAACUGCCUGGCCGAAGAACUGACCUAACAGAACCUUGCAUGUUGAUGUGUGUGUCUGCUUCUAUAUAUCUAACAUUAUGCAUAAAUUUAAUAAUAUUCAUCAUGACUUUCCUAAUACGACAGGAUAUUAAUGAGGAUAUUAUUCCCUCUCGAGUUUUGUUUGUUUAGCUUGUACAUUAAAUAAAAGCAAUUAAACCUG